UUACUCUAAACUGAGACAGGGGGAAAACAAAAUGAAGGGUCGUCUAAAUUUGGAGCAAGCAAGUCACACACAGCCAGGCGCGGCGAAUUGCGCGAACCGACUCGAGUUGCGGCGAGAGCGAACGCGGCGAACAACGGACAACACUGUGGCAUUGGCAAUGGCAGCGCUUGUCGCCCGCCUUCACUUCAGUGUGUGAGUCGCGAUAAACGCGAGCGAAACGGGCGGCGCAACUAAAAUCGCGUACCGACUACCGCAGACACGCACACCACCACACACCAGCGCGUAUACGUAUACGGGUGAGAGAGCGCAUGCUCUCCGCCACACACACGCGGUCAACGUUUUCUCCGCUUUGUGGCGCCGCGCAAGUUUUGUCGCAGCAGCAAACACGCAAUAAAAGUUCAAAAACAGUUGAAGUAUACCGCGACGCGAGUAAAAAUCUUUCCUUCGACGUCGUCGCUGUUCGUUGUAGUAGUUGUUGUUGUUGCUGCUGCCGCUGCUACUGCUUUACGUUUCUAUAGUGUGUUCCGUUCCGCGAAUUUUCGUGUGCAUUUAUGUAGAUAUACAUGUAUAUCUGCAUAUAUGACUGUCCAAAAGGUAAAACAACGGAAACAAAUGAUAACAGAAUACAAAUUGUUGUCAACAAUGUGCCAAAUAUAGUGGCGAAAACCCCCCGUAGUUCGAUUGCUUUUUGUUUAAAUUAAAUCUGCAUAUCAUGGUGUGCGGCGGCUGCAUUUCAUUUAUUUUCGCUCGCUGAAGAUCUUGCUUGCUCCAAAGAAUUAACAAAAAAAAUAUCUGCGUUUGGCGCUGCGUCGACGGCAUUGUUGUUUCGUACGUAUUGUUGUUAAGUGUGAGUAAUAGUAGUAGUAAUAUCGCUACCAGAGCUGAAUAAUGUAGUUGACCAAAAUUCUGAGAGCACAAGUCUGAGCACACACGAUACGUCUUCUUCGUUUGGCCGUUUCACUUUGAGCAGCGUGACCGUGGUGCGUCGCUAUAAUAUGCCCCGCGAGCCAUGUGUAUUCUCCACUGCUACAUGGGAAUUAUAUUAAAACCAUGCUAGCUGCUCGUUCCGAUUUGUUUAAAACAAAAAGCUUAACUUCUGGGAGGACGAAAGAUCUCUUAUGCACCUCUCUCUGGUGCACCUGCACCAUACCAGGAUAUCGAGGGUAUAGAGUCGAAGAAAAUCAAGGCGAUUAAAGAGAUCUCGAAGAGCUGCAAGUCACCGGCAGGAGAAAGGAAUUGCAACAAAUCAUAAAGGAAGUAAUGGCAUAAUACACCCUGAAAGGAGUUGAAUUGGAAAUAUAAAAUUUCCGGACAUUGCAAGGAAAUAGAAAGGAGUUUGGAAAACUGAAGUCCCGGGAGAAACGACGCACAACAGCCUGCGAGCAAUAAGUUGCCAUGUUAAAUGCACUAAAUGAAAAAACCCCAGGCUGGAGCUUAUAACUCCAAAGACAAGAUGUUUUUGGGUUAAAAAAAGUGCAGAUGACUUGCAAGAAGUUAAUGAAUCAACAGCCCUACAUGUAUUCCAAUGCAUUUUUUUAAAUUAGUAAGCCUGAACUGAAUGUACACUAUUAUUGUUACCAAUAAUAGUUAUUUAAAAGACUCAAAGAUCCCCGAAUGCAUACAAACAUAGGAACGAAUACACCCAUAUUCAAUUGUACAAAAUACCACUUUCCCUGAUACAUUUUUACAAUUAAUUUAGAGAGUAUAAAGACUUGGAGUGUGCAUAUUAAAUAUGUGAAUAAAUGAUCGCUGUGUUCACGCAUCGAUUAAAAACGUUUAA